CAGUUCUCCAUCGUACUCUUCGAGAGCACAGCAAGAGAGAGCUGAAGAACAUGGCGAACAAACACUUGUCCCUCUCCCUCUUCCUCGUCCUCCUUGGCCUGUCGGCCAGCUUGGCCUCCGGGCAAGUCCUCUUUCAGGGCUUCAACUGGGAGUCGUGGAAGCACAAUGGCGGGUGGUACAACUUCCUGAUGGGCAAGGUGGACGACAUCGCCGCCGCCGGCAUCACGCACGUCUGGCUCCCUCCGGCGUCGCAGUCCGUCGCCGAGCAAGGGUACAUGCCGGGCCGGCUGUACGACCUGGACGCCUCCAAGUACGGCAACAAGGCGCAGCUCAAGUCCCUCAUCGGGGCGCUCCACGGCAAGGGCGUCAAGGCCAUCGCCGACAUCGUCAUCAACCACCGCACGGCGGAGCACAAGGACGGCCGGGGCAUCUACUGCAUCUUCGAGGGCGGCACCCCCGACGCCCGCCUCGACUGGGGGCCCCACAUGAUCUGCCGCGACGACCGGCCCUACGCUGACGGCACCGGCAACCCGGACACCGGCGCCGACUUCGGGGCCGCCCCCGACAUCGACCACCUCAACCUGCGCGUCCAGAAGGAGCUCGUCGAGUGGCUCAACUGGCUCAAGGCCGACAUCGGCUUCGACGGCUGGCGCUUCGACUUCGCCAAGGGCUACUCCGCGGACGUCGCCAAGAUUUACAUUGACCGCUCGGAGCCCAGCUUCGCCGUGGCCGAGAUAUGGACGUCGCUCGCGUACGGCGGGGACGGCAAGCCCAACCUCAACCAGGACCAGCACCGGCAGGAGCUGGUGAACUGGGUGGACAAGGUUGGCGGCAAAGGGCCCGCUACCACGUUCGACUUCACCACCAAGGGCAUCCUCAACGUGGCCGUGGAGGGCGAGCUGUGGCGGCUGCGCGGCACAGACGGUAAGGCGCCAGGCAUGAUCGGGUGGUGGCCAGCCAAGGCGGUGACCUUUGUGGACAACCACGACACCGGCUCCACGCAGCACAUGUGGCCCUUCCCUUCUGACAGGGUCAUGCAGGGAUAUGCCUACAUCCUCACGCACCCAGGGACGCCAUGCAUCUUCUACGAUCAUUUCUUCGACUGGGGCCUGAAGGAGGAGAUCGAUCGCCUGGUGUCAGUCAGGACCCGGCACGGGAUACACAACGAGAGCAAGCUGCAAAUCAUAGAGGCCGACGCCGACCUUUAUCUCGCCGAGAUCGACGGCAAGGUCAUCGUCAAGCUCGGGCCAAGAUACGAUGUGGGGAACCUCAUUCCGGGAGGCUUCAAGGUGGCCGCGCACGGCAAUGACUAUGCCGUAUGGGAGAAAAUAUGAGCAAAAUUGCGAGAGCAGCUCUACAAGUUCCUAUAUGAUACAUAUUAGUCCGAGCUCACGCUGUUCACAUAGUACAAUUUAAUACUUCCUCCAUGUAAAAGUGAGGAUGAGGGACAUGCAUUGUAUUUUUGAUAAAAUAAUGAUUUAUAAGGAUUUUCGCACUCUUUCUUUCUUUAAU